CCUCACUCGAAACCAGUUGAGAUUAAACUCUUCCCAACCAUCACAACGGCAACUGUCAGCAACGGUACUGCGCCCCAGACCUGGAUCAUUCCUCCUUGCAUCGUCCUCAUCUCACCUCUUAGCCCCUCAUACUCACCCGGCAUAUAUCCACCCUCUCGUUACCUACCUCGAGAAAUGUUUAGACUAAUGAUAGCAUUUGAUACAUCGCGACAGGGUGCCUUCUACAAGACCUUCACCCGCCCCGUGGCGAAGUGCGCCCUCCUCGCCGUCUUCGUCUACCAGCUCGUCUACUUUGGCUGGACCAAGCUUGAAACGGACGAGAUCAGGCAAGAGCGGCAGGGUGAGUGACUUGUCAGCUGUCAGGUUCACUUCCAUCAUUUCCACCAUCAGGGAAAUUUCAGGCUCAUCGUCCUCACCGUCCUUUUUCACGAAACCAGUUGGCUGAUCAGAUUUGAAUGACGGGGAGGAACAGCUGAGGUCAGGAGGCUGGAAACGCAGGCGAGGGCGUUGCAUGCUGCUCAGGCUGCUGCUCAGGCGGCUCAGGAGACGGC